AUGGAGCUCUCUCCUCGCCCUUCGCGGUCAUCUUCGUCGGCUUCGCGCAAGUCUGGCCUUACUCUUGACCUCUCCAACUUGCCACCCUUGACGCAACCCACACCGCCAUCGAACACUCUCCUCUUUACCGGCCUGAACAACACAGACAUCUUCCGACCAGACAACUUGGAGCGAAUCCGGGGACUGAUUGCCAUGACGGCGCCUAUCCAUGCCUUUGCGCCGCUCAAGUCUUUCCGUCGCAUUGUCAUCUCCUUCUUCGAUAUCGAUGCCGCCAUCGCCGUCCGUGGGGUCUGGGAUGGAGAAGCCAUCAUUGGCGAUCGCUGCCGAGUCUACUUUGGACAGCAGACAAAUGUCGAAGCCAAGGACGAGCAUUUAGCCCUCCCUGACGCUGGCAAGCUGUUCUUCAUCUCACCACCACCCAGCCCUCCUCACGGCUGGGAGGUUCGUCUUGAGGACGCCCCGAACAAGCUGGUUCAUGCUGAGGACUUGGCGGAAGCCCUCUCCAAGCUGCACAACACUCGUCCUGGAAUGGAGUCUCCCAUUAGCCCUGCGGACGGAUCUAUUUCUGGGGGACGCACUAGGAGUCGUAGCUCGACCCUCAUCUACCAUCCCCAAGAGAACGGGUGCAGCCCAGACUUGCCCGCAGUGUUCGUUGAGGACAUGACCGAGGAACCUGAGGCUAUGAGCCCCAUGGACGACUGCCGACCCAUUAUGGCGCAUACGGCUCGCCCUCCAGUCGAGCUGAUGCACGAUGCAUAA